CAUCAUUUUACGCAACUCCUAUAUUUCCAAACCUAUAAAUAUACAUGCAGAUUAUCUAAACCAAAUAAACAAGCUACAAUGUUAAAUCAAUUGCGUAGAUUUUCCUACACAAUCUGCUUCUUGUUGCUCUUGAUUACCACCGGAACCCUAAGAUUUCACCGUUUCGUUGAAGGCCUACAACGGAGGAUCCACGUUUCCGACGAUCUUAACGGUGAACUAGACAAUGAAGAGGGCGAAGAAUUGAAACAAUGGGGCGAGAAGAAACCCCCAAACUCCGAAUCCGCCCCGCCCUCAAAUGAUGUCGAAAAAAGGAGCCCAUCGGAUAUUCAAUCUGAAAUGAUGAGGCGGGUCCUAGGACCCGUUUUCGGAUUCGUGAAGCUCCGACUCGGAACUCGUCGGACUCCGGAGAUGGUUACUCAUGUUGCCAAGCGGUGGGUUAAUCUAGCAAGAUCUGAAGGAAUGGAGACGAAGUUCAUAGGUGUUGAUUGGACCACGAUAAUGUUCACCAUGGAAAAAGGUCGAGACACAACAGAGUUGAAAAAGUUUUUGCUGGAACAAGAAGAAGCAUAUGAGAUUAACAUAGGAGACCAACUAUUUCGAAGACCAGGUGACCCUCCUUUUGAUGAAGUAUUAGAGAUUGAGGAAGAGAAGAGCAGACACUCUGAGUUGUAAUGGUUAGAAACAAACCUUUCUUUUCUCCUCUAUUCCUUUCUUGAUUUGCAGGAAUUUGUACAUUAGUUCAUUCUUCCGUGCAGUUCAUUCAACGGUCCUCCAACAACAUCUAUUACGAGACAGGUUACUGGACAUGGCAGUCAUCUUAUCCCUCACUAUUUUUCUCCUGAGUUUUCUGGUUACCAUCUUGUUCCCUUCUAUCAUUCAUGAUAUUUUUUGCAACCAAGAGCUUAUUAAAUUAUAGCUCUGCUUGACUAAUAAUUUACACAUGUAGAUUCCAUAAGUUAGUUGCAGUAGGAUGCUAACAUUAUAAUAUUGAACAUCUUAUACCAGGAAAUACGUGUUAAUAUCUCAAAAGUUCACGAGUUGUGGUCAUUUGCAAUA